CAUCACAGAUCAGAGCUCUGCAGACCUCUCCGCCAUGCUCGCCAACAUGUACUUUUCUCUGCUCUGUUUAAUAAAUAUUCUUGAAAACGUCUGACAAAGUUUCUUCAUUUCAUCGGAUCAACAAAAAUUCCACCACAAUCUAAACAGUCAAUAUUAUCAUUUCUGUAAGUGUUCAACACAUUUUGAUUUAAAUUUAUUUUAGUCUAAUUGGCCCCAAACACCCAAAUAAAUAUAAAUAUAGUUGGAUAGUUGUUUCUUAUUUUGAAUUUUUCUUUACAAUUUAACAUAAUUUUUUAAAAAGUAUUUUAAACCUACUUGUUCAGUGAUUUUUUUUAAUAUUCUAAAUCCCAUGUACUGUCUUUCUACUAAUUUUAGGUAUUCACAAACAGCGAGAAGAUAGAUAGAAGUGAUCUUCAAAACCUUAAAAAAUGAUCAUCUGUGCACAUAGAUGAAAAAAAGUGUCUUAAAGAUUUAGAGGUGUAAAGUUGGGCAGCAUUUUGAAUUUAGGUCAGAGUUUUAUUUUUAGAGUGGAGGCACCUGUCCUUGUCAGUACCAGCACGGCUGCUAUGAAGCCUCCACAGAGUAUCCAAAUAAAUGCUCGUGGAAUAAAUCCUCCAAAUGUGGGAGUUUGUGUGCAGUCAAACACUAACAACAUGCAAGUAAACAGUGCUGUUCGGCCUUUUACUCCUUCUGUGAAAGAGCUGGAGAAGGUUCUGUAUGGAGGCAGAAGAUCUGGAAACCAUGUGGAUGAAGUUUGGCCAAACCUCUUUAUUGGGGAUAUGUCAGUUGCUAAUGAUCGCUACAGCCUGUGGAAGCUUCGAAUCACUCAUGUGGUGAAUGCAGCUCAUGGGAAGAUCCACUGUCAGGGGAGUCACGACUUCUAUGGACCCACAGUGGAUUAUUAUGGGAUCCCAGCAGACGAUUCUCCAUCAUUUAACCUCUUUCACUAUUUCUCUCCUUCAGCUGAGUACAUCCAGAAAGCUCUAGACUCAAAUGAGGCUAGAGUUUUAGUCCACUGUGCAGUUGGAGUGAGCAGGUCGGCCUCCAUUGUUCUGGCCUACCUGAUGAUCCAGCAUCAUUACAGCCUGAUGGAGGCUAUCAGCAAGGUCAAAGAGAACAGGUGGAUUUUCCCAAACAGAGGCUUCCUCAGACAGCUCUGUGCUUUGGAUAAACAGCUUCAAAAAUGACUUUGAAUCGACAAAAACUUAAAACUCCUAAAGAUGGUAGUUUCAUGUAAACAAAAAGGCUUCAUCCGCCAAGAAAAUGACCCUACUGUUGAGAUGUUUCAGGAAGAGAGAGCGCUAUUUAGAGGAUGAUAUGAAGGACAGAAAAGAAAAAAAAAUACUUUGAACACUCCUGCCACUUAAAUAUGCUCUUUUAAUGUUUGUUAUUAUUAUUUUGUUGGUUCAAAGCUAAAUGGUUUUCAAUGAGUAGGCAAUAAUGAUGUAUCUGUUGCUGUUUAUCACUAAACUAAACAAAGCUAAACUAAGCUAAUUUAAGCUAAGGUAAGCUAAGCAAAACUAAGCUAUAAGCUAAACUAAGCUAAGGUAAGUGUGGCUGCAUUUUCUGUAUAUGCAGCCACAGUAAGUUAAGCUAAGCUAGGAUAAACUAGCUAAGCUAUAAGCUAAACUAAGCUAAGUUAAGCUAAGCUAAGAUAAACUAGCUAAGCUAUAAGCUAAACUAAGCUAAGUUAAGCUAAGCUAAACUAAAUCAACAUGAAACCUCUCCUCCUCCAGGUGGUCAAAUGGUUUCCAAGCCUAUAGACUUAGAUUUAUCAAUUGAAUGAUUCGAUUCAAUAAAAACAAUUUUGAAUCUCACUUUAGAAAUACUGUUACAGUAAAACAUGCAUUAUCAAUGUUUCUUUUAUUGGAAAAACAAUUGCCUUUAUGGCAUUAGCAACACAACAUAUAGAAAACAAUGUUUCUAAUUGAUUAUUUACUUAUUUUAGUAGAAAAGAUGAGAGUUAGAUAAUCAUAUUUGAGUUUACUUUCUGUAUAUUAAGCAUCAAACUUGAAUAUUAAUGCAUUUCUGGGAAGAGAAACCUGUGGAACAACAUACUGGUAAUCCUUUGACGUCUGGAUUUAUUUCCAGCAAUAAUAAAAAAAAAAAUAAAAAAAAAAUCACAUAUGGUUUUUCUUUCAUGUAGAUGCUUAAUUAAAGUAAUUUUGACGCUCAAGUGGUUUCAUGCAUAUUUGGGGGUGAAGUACCUAAAUCAAAAGAUCAAAUUUAUCCCCUGAAUCCGUUUCGGAGCUAUUCCGUUGCUGGAGCCUAUCCCACCUACUAUUGGGCAAAAAUUUAACUCAAAUUAGAAACCAAAACAUUCAAACUUCCUACACUGAAAAAUGAACAAAAAUGAAUAAAAGUUA